CACUUUGUACUUCCGUGUCGUUUCUGCUGUAGUUUACUUCCCCAACUCCAAGAAAGGGUCUGCUUGUUUAUAACCAGCAUAUCAGGUCAACAGUAGGUUAGCUUAGCUUCUACAAGGCGUGCAAGGGUCAGAUUUGAGCUGGUUUCAUUUGCCCCCCUCCUAUUUGUUCAUGGGUGGAUUCUGCUGUCUCCGAGACUCGGAGGCUGUCGAGACGCUGGCCCCCAACAUAAGUACAGGAGAAUCUGACCCAGCGGCAGCUGUUCCUGCGGAGAGCCCCCAUGGCAUCGAGGUUGGUGUUGAGUUCAAGCCAGUGGAGCGCCCCGUGGAACCUAUCAAUCUUGAUGAGCCAGUGAAAUGCCCGCUUCCUGAGCCGUCUAUACUGCACGACGGGAGGAUAUGGAAGGAGAAAAUGUCUUCAGUCAGCACGAGGGUGAGAACAGACUUGCCGGUCGUGAAGGAAGGGUCGCAGCUGGAGCCUGACGGUAGCAGCGCUAGGUCACGAUCUGCAGUUCCAAGGCGCGCCAUACUGCCCUCCGUAAGCGCGCCCGAGCACAACAUCCUAGCGCUGCUUGACGAGUGCGACGUCUCCGGGAGCCGUGGCUCUGCUGAAUGAGCUCGAGUUGGGCGUCGCCAGCACAUUGUAACUAAACUGCGUUUGCCACGAGCUGAUCUGAGCACAGCAAACCUUACAGUAUGUCUGAAAAGAAUUGGAACUACGCAACAGAUCUUUUGUCUGGAUUGUAUCUAUAAAUACGAGUGAAAGCGUUUUGGGGAAAUUGUCUCGCACUUGUCGGAGGCAGUUAUGGUUACUGAAACUGAAACACUUGGUUUUGUGUUGUAACUUUUGCACUGUUGAGUGCGAGCAUGCAGCUCUGAAUGUGACGCCAAGUUGUCAAGUGCAAAAUGAACUGGAAAAUUUGUUA